GAAGACCAGAAGACAUUUUUAUCAAAACAUUGAUCAAGAAAUCUCACAAACAGAGAAUGGCUACCAAGGCAAAGUUCCGGCAAAAAUAUGAUUUGGAUUUAAGUUCAGAAUUGAAGAAUGGUCUAGGUCAGCCAUGGGAGUACCUUAUAGAUGCUUUACUACAGGAGAGAGGCGUGGCAGACUCUUAUGCUGUGUUUGAUGCACUCAGUGGAAGAAGUCAGCAGACAGCAGACAUGUGUGACGUGGUCGAGCUGUUAUGUUCCAGGGAUAAUGCCACUAUAGCAGAACUCAAGGAAUCUUAUAGAAAAGAAUUUUCAAUCAGUUUAGAAGAGGAUGUAACUGAUAGAUCCAAACCUCCAUUACAAACAGUUCUUAUAGCAUUACAAAAG